AGUGGUGAACAGAAUCAGUUGCAGUUGUUUCGCAAGCUGGUCAGUACAAUAACACGUCUUUCAAUGCAGGAACGACAACAUGACGUCUAAUAAAACUGGUUUGGCUUUUUCUGGUGGUGGCAUUCGGUCAGCGGCACUAUGCUCUGGGGUCCUGCGCAGGCUGCUAAAGGAUAAAGCGAAAGUAGACUAUCUGAGCUGCGUGUCAGGGGGUGGUUACACAGGCACAUCCUUUUUGGAUUGGAAAUACAGAAAAGAGAAGAAAACAGAGGAAAGCGAAGAAUGGCAUGAAGAGUUCUUUGACAACAUGCGACAAAGAGCUGGUUAUUUUUGUAACUGGGAGAGGCCACGUCAAGGAGUCCUUGAUACGAUUGUGAUGUUCCUCCUCGUACUCACUGUCACCGUCAUUGAACCGAUUGUCAUAUAUGGAUCAUACGCAUUUCCACUUGCCUUCAUCAUCGAUUACCUCUUCGGAAAGUUACUUCGAGCUAAAGUGGAUUGUGAUCACGUUGCAUCAACCCCUUCUCCAAGUAACCGAAAUACUACGGCGCAAGAAAUCCGGAAACACUGUAUUUCUCGUCAAAAAACCGUAGCUUUCUCUAUGAUUUCCCUGUUUUCAGUUCUGCUCGUGUUAUUUGUCAUCUUCUAUAUUCUGUCGCAAAAGUUAUCCAGGAGGAAGUCUAAAUAUUUCAGACUUUUCUCACUUAUUUCCUUCUUACUUCUUUCUCUUACCUUCCUCCCAUUUGCAAUCCACGAUUUUUUCAUUGAAAUCCCCCUGUGGAGUCGGGCGAUCAUUGUAGUGAUUGGUGUGGUACUAUGGUUCGUCCUACCUCUGUUGCGGGACAAAACGUCCUACGGCAUUCUAAUCUAUCUCUACUCUUACAUCAUCUAUUGGAAAGUGUACAAAGCCAAGAUUAUUGGUGUUGUGUAUUCUGAUGGGCUGUUUAAUGGGCUGCUUUUUGCCUCUGGGUUUAUCAUGUGGUUUGUUCCCUACCUGGCACAAUCAAGGAAGAGGCUCGUCCAUAUCUUUAACAGAUGGAGACUUCAGAAGGCAUUUUACUCAAAGGAAAGUUUAGCUACCAAGGGAUGUCUGGAAAUACUCCAGGAGAUUUUCUGCCCUUUGUGGACAUGUCUGAAGAGAAAACAGAAGCGGGAUUCUGGUCACAGAGAACAGGGAGGUAGCUUUAAUUCUUUGGCGGAUGACAUUGAGCCAGUAAAGAAAAGAUCUUUGAACCUGGCAGAUCUCAGAGGCCUAGAACCUGAAUAUAUAUCAAACAUGACCAUCCACAGCUGGAAGGAAGAGGCAGAUUCUGACACGGAUGAUGAUCUCCUGACAAUGUCGCCUACCACAAUAGAACGCUUAGAUCGAGGUCCAUCGACUGUCGAUCCAUUCAAGGAUAGGCUGAGGCCUCGAGAUAUAGAGUUGUCAGACGCCAUGGCAACGUCUGCAGCAGCAAUUUCCGGGUACGGUGAUAACCUUAAGGAAUUGCGCGUUGCCACGAUUCUUGGACUCGAAAUGGGAGCCACAGUGAUCAGCAACCUCGAGGCAAUUAAAAAGGAGGGAUGGCUCAUGAAGCUCCUCCCAAUUCUCAUCAACAUUCUCCGUGGUCUUCCAUUGAUCGCUGUACCAGCGGUUUACUAUAGCCGAGGACAUGUGUGGUCAAUUAAAGCAGGAGUAUUCACAUUCUUUGCAAUUCACCUGAUGUUGGCUUGCAUUGGAGCUCUCUCUGAUACAGGAAAUAAGAACCCAAACUUAUGGGAGAAGAUAGCCAGGUGGUUCAUCGUGCACGUUUCCUUUGUGAAGUUCGUGAGAGAAGGCCUUAACAUUGACAACAUCGGACCCAUGCCUCCUCCCAUCAUGCUACUUAGCGAUGGAGGCCACGUGGAAAAUCUUGCUAUUUUGCCAUUGUUAAAGAAGAAACUCAAGAAGAUUAUUGUGGUGGAUGGUGGUUACUAUUCCAAUGAGAAGAAUUAUGGGGAAGAACUACUGAAAGCACUGAUGCUGGCUCGUAGAGACCUGAAUUGUUCGUUUAUCGGCCAGGGCGGUCGUGACGUCAUUUCAGACCUGUUGGAGAAUUUCGUGAAGCUUCAGCAACCAAAUGAAAAAAAACCACGACAUUUCAGAUUUAACGUUGAAUACUACGAAAACGACCACAAAGUUGGUGAAGGCGAAAUUUUGUUCAUUCGGCCAAGAGAUCCGCGAAAAGGUGAAAAGAGCGAGGUCAAAACCUGGGAAGAGUUUGGUUUCCAUCUGGACGCACGUGACUGGGGGAAUAGUCCAUAUCUGAACGAAGAAGACGUCGACAAGUUGACCUUCUGUUGUUGUGCAUGUUGUAACAAAAAGUCCUAUUUGAGCGGUUUAUCUGAGCUCCUCUGCCACAAGUUCCCGAAUCACAGCACAGCUAAUCAAUUCUUCACGCCUUUAAUGUUCUCCGCCUAUCAUCGUGAAGGCUUCCGAGCAUGCGUUGAAGCGGAAGCUGCUGAAUUUCUCAAGGAUAACCGCGAUGUCCUUGAGGUGUGACUGUUACUCAACCUAGUGUGAGUAUAUGUGGCCAACCUAUUAAUAACCAAACAUGUACGCAAAAAGAAAAGUUUGGCUUGUCUGUUGAAUACUGAUUGAUUAGGAAUAUUGGAAAUCGUUCCAUAGCAAAUAGAGGUGACUUGUUCAGACAGCAGAAAGAUUUCUUCAUUUCUUUUUUUAUCAUUAUGUGGACCUGAUAUUGUACAACGUUUAAAACAACGUAUUGUACAACGUAUCCUUAACUGUAGUCGUCUAGAAACGUUAAAUAGAAAUUAAAUAUCCUUGUCUUUGGUG